GCUCACAAGUGUUUAACGCGUGUUGUACAAUAUUAUUUUUACCACAUUGAUGGACGUGGCGCAUAUAAAAUAAAAUCUUCUGCUCCGGCCUAUAUUGUGCCAUGCGCGCGUACAUACCAUCCAUUAUUAUCUAAACAUAGCAAUAUAUAUAAAAUAUAAACGGCCCUAUAUCGCUUGUAUAGGUGGUAGUUUGCACUCGUCCGUCGAACUCGCAACGAAGUAUAGAAAUAGAUUGUUUUUCGGCGAGAUUUUUUGUUUCUCGACAAGUCCCGAAUCGACACAAUCCACGGCGAGCACUGCUAAUAUACCCUCCUCGACGGUCACUGCAACCGACGCAGUACACACGACCGCAACGUUACGCCGCAACAACUGCAAUUUUAUAAUAUUGAUACACAGGUUGCAGGUCACCCAUAAUCCAUAAUAAUUUAAUAUACCGUACGUUAAAAUAACGCAUGAUUUAAAAAGUUUGUCGCGAUGAUCACUGCCGCCACCGUAGGAUUUAUCGUCGGAUUUUUAUUGAAGACCUCGGUCGCGGCCCAACUGCAGAACGUCUCGUUUCUGAACGGACUUCCGGAAAACUUCACGUCGGAUGGCGCCAUCGACGUGCAGUACACGUCUUGCAAAGUCAUCACCGACCGUAUCGUCGCCACCGCCGAGGGAAAGUUUUCCCGUUUUUGUCACGGAAUUUGCAACAUAAACGAGACAAACGCAAGGCUGCACCGCAUCGAAACGUUGUUAACAGCAGAUGCGGAAAAUAUAAAACAACGAUUGUUUUAUAUGGAACGUAUUUUGUCGAAAGGACAAAUCAUAAGUAAAACCGGUGACAGUGACGCGGUGGACACCGGGAGACUCCGGGAGAUCGGCACGUACAACGGUACAGUGUCCAGCACCGAGGAUGGCUCCACAGCCGCCGGUGGUCGGCCACGGGUCCCGACCACCACGUUUGUCUACUACUGGCGUGUUGACGCGUUCUGGCGGCUGUCGUUCACCACGGACGGCCUGGCCCGCAGUCCGCCGUUUUACGUGUCGCCCCGCAGCUACCGGAUUUCACUGACCGUCCACUCAGACGUGAAGGCCCGAAUCGUCCGCGUGGCCGCCGUUUCGGCAGCUGGUGAGUACGACGCUCAGCUCAGGUGGCCGUUCACGCACCGGCUCCGGCUCAGCGUGCUCGACCAGACAGACGUCGGGCCCGAGGACAUCGUGUCCCGCGUCUGGGACGACGUCCGGUGCGGCGCCGUACCACCACCGACGCCGCCGACGCAGCACCAGAAUCCUCAGAACUACCGCCAGAACCAGCUGGCCACGGAAGUUUUCUGCGCGUCUAUGGAGUUCCGGCAUGACGUGCUGACCUACAGGCGUUACGCGGCCAAUGACGCGCUCGUCGUCAAGCUGACGGUGUUCUUGCAGUAGUAGUCGUGGAAGUCUGAUUUGUACGAUUCGUGUUACACCCCCUAGCUCCCCACAGCCAUCAUAACUUUUUUCCGUUUAAUUUUUUUCGACUUCGAUCGGCUUGACAGUUUCACACUACAGAUACUUUUUUUUUCGAUUUUGCAGUUUAUGCACCUUAUUAUAUUAUUCAUCAAUAUUAUACCCUUUUUAUUCGCGUAGGUAGCUAUAUUAUAUCCUUUAUUGCGCCUACAUUAUAGCACGCAUCGACUCAAUCGAAGUGCUCAUAUAGCUACAGCGCUGUAUAGGAAAAGUUUGAUCUUCCCACCUAGUUUUAGGAUUCUAAUAUUACAUUUCUUUAUUUCUGAUUACUGCUAUACCUACUGCAUGGUUUAAUAAUUCGAUUCAAUUAUACUUUCUACUCAUUGUUGUCAGUUAUUAUAUCAUUAUCAUAUGAAAAUAAAAUUACGAUCAAACACUCAUGGUCGGCCCAUAUUUUGAGCGACCCACUGAGAUUUUCUCGGUUGCUCGACUGCACAAUCCGGGCUUGCACAACUAGGAAGUUGUAUCGUGUAGUGUGCUUUUUAUGGUAUUCUGAUUGGCAGUUACAAUCGUGGUGUAAUUUACUAACCACAUGAUCUAUCGGGAACUUUCCACAGUUGGGCCAAGCUCGACCAUAUUGGACACGUCAUGACCGCAGACCAGAUCCAGGCCGAGCAAUAGUGGCAAGAUGAUAAUUUUGUGACCUUAUUCUCAAAAAUGUAUCAAAUGUCGGGCUCCUCCAAUCAUUCGAUAUAUGUUGUGUCCCUGGUAGGUUCCACCUUGCUAGGCCCUUGUCCAGCUCUACUGCAGACUUUCACUUCGGUUCGUCAAAUAAAUUGGUUAUUUCCCAAUAUACCUACGGCUCACCGCAGUUUCGUGUACUACCUAACUAUAAGUACGUACCUACAUGUAUUGCGUGCGAUCUAAGUGGUCUGUGAUCCACUAAUAAUAGUAGGCUAUACCUAUCCUGGGUAUCCGAGCAUCAUUAUAAUUAUCGUAUAAUUUAUUAUUUUAAACCACUUACAAGUUACAACCACCUACCCUACCGACAUUUUAUCUUUAAACAUCUCAGUGAUACACAUUUAGUCUUGACAUUUCCUGUAGUGUUAUUAUAUUAUAUUUGUGUAGUUAGGUAACAAUAGACUAGUUAGUCUAGUGUUGUUUGUGGUGUACCUAUUAUUGAGAGUUACUCUGACUAUAGUACCUAUUAUAGAAUGUAAACUAUAUUUCCAUAAACUUUUUAAAACGCUUGUAAACAAUAAUAUGUUAAGUAUACUAUUUCUUAACCGAAGAAUCUAUAGGUACAUUAAACAGUUAUAUAUUAUAAUUAUAUUCAUUUUUUUAACAAUAAAAUCAUAAUAGUGUCGUCUUCGUGGCAAACUCUCUUAAGUAAUUGUUAUCAAAUUGUAUAGAAGAAUCGAAAAAUCGUGGUAGGCUAAAAUAUUUAAAUAAUAUUUACGUGUGUAAUAAAUAUUACGUUUGUUGAUCGAGAUACGAGGUUUCAUAUUUUGUAUUUUAUCAUAUGAAAAACUGUCAAAUGAUACUAUACUGUCAUAAUAUCAAAAUGUGUAAAAAAACACCUAGUGUAUCAACUUAAAAAAAAAUGUUUAUUUUUUGACUUCCGAGGUUUUGUCGCUAUAAGUCGAUGAUAAUAUACUUUAAAUUAUUUUAUUUUUACUUUAAUAAUCAUUUAUUUUACGUAAAAUCACUUAUAAGCUUUUAAAAUGUAUAUUAUAUUAUACCAUAUAUUACCCAUACUUUUAUUAUGAUAACGGUAGACUGAAUAUUGGGAGAUAGCCAAUUAAUAAACACUACAACACGUAUAUAGUAAUAUACUAAUAUGGUAUACAUUAAGUAUAUAUUAUAUUUGUACGAUCACAGAAAUUAGUAAAUAUUAUACUACACGUUCUAUGGCGGUACGAUUUCUAUAUGCGUCCACACGAAACGCCCAGUAGAAUGUACUGCUAUACACUCACCAGAAUUGUUUAGAAAAAAGUGACUCUUUAAUCUUUAUUGACUUUCUUAUUGUAGUGUAUUAAAUAGAAGACUACCCACGAUUUCGGGCCAUGUAAUAUUAUAAUAAUUAUCAAGGGCUUUUUAAAAAAAUUUUUUUUCGGUUCACAACCUGCUAUCAUACAUGUAUUACUUAUUAUUAUUGCAAUAAAAAAAAACAAUGUUAUUAUCUACAAACAUUUUGCAUUUUCGCAUGGACUAUAUCUAAUUUAGUGUCUAUUACAUUCAGAGUUUCUUGUAUUUCAUUAUAAUAUGCGUCUUGAACGAUCAUUAUAUUUUGUUUUUACUAAUUCCUAUUUUCGAUACGGGGGCUAGAAGUCUUCUGUAGAAGAAAAUCGAGGAAUAAAGCACGUACUCACCGUUGUAUUUGACAUACAUAAUAUACUUCGGGACGAAUCUUGAUACAAUAAAUAAGGCACGAACCAGCCCUUAUUUAAGAUCGCUGCCGGGCAAAUUGAGCGCGUUGGACACGGAGUUGACAUUUCCAUCUAAUGAUUGUGACAUUUAGACUAUUCCGUAACUGCUGAUGUUCUAUACUGUAUUUACAUUGAUGUACCAAUAUCAAUAUAAUAUUAUAUAAGACUAUAAUAUUAAUGAAUUGACUUGACGGCACAGUUAUAAUAUAGA